UCCCUCCCUCUCUCUCUCCCUCUCUACUACCUCCAAGAUGGUAGGAAAGUUGUUGUUUUGGAGGGCAGAGGAGCCGCUCUCUGAUGUUAUGUCCUCGCAGUGCCUGUAGUGGUGCUGUAGGAGGCUGCUGGCUCUCUUCUCGAGCAGCCCCAGCAGCCCUGCCUUCUUUGCUGGAGAAUAUAUUCAGGGAUUCCCCUUAAUAAUCACCUACCCUCUGAGCACUUUGUAGUUUUAAAAUAAUAAAGAGCCCCCCAAAAGCUUCCUCCCCACGAAAAGCAGGAUCUCCUCAGAGCCAGGGGGGCAGCAGCUCCUCAGCACAGCGCCCGAGCCCAUUCCCAGUCCCUCUGCUGGGGAGGAAACUCCGAUCUGUCAGCCCAACAGAGGGAAAGGGGGGAGAGCAGAGAGAGGAGAAAAAAAAAGCAGCUGGAAAGCAAAAGAAACGUCUGGUAGUUGUGAAGCGAGUCCACUGGAAAACCACCCCACACACUUCGGCCAGCACAGACAAUCUGCUUCAUCUUGAUUCGUCAUCAUUCCAGGAUACUGGUGUCCUUGGGGCUCUCUCUUAACAUUGAUAUGGUACAGAAGAUUUAAAAUCAGCUGAUGUUCACAAGGAAUAGAGUCACGUGAUGUAUGAAGGCAAACACAUACACUUCUCUGAGGUUGACAAUAAGCCCCUGUGCUCAUAUAGCCCCAAACUGUGCAAGCAGAGGCGACUUAACGGCUACGCCUUCUGUAUCAGACACGUUCUGGAGGACAAGACUGCCCCCUUCAAGCAAUGUGAAUAUGUGGCCAAGUAUAACAGCCAACGCUGCACCAACCCCAUCCCCAAAUCUGAGGACCGUAGGUACUGCAACAGCCACCUGCAGGUACUUGGCUUCAUACCGAAAAAGGAGAGGAAGAAGAAGAAUGAUCCCAUAGAGGAGGUAAAGGUCAGGCAUCAGAUGGAUGCUAUGGCCUUCAGUCUGACAGUGCCCACCCUGGCCUUGAAGAUGCCCAAUGGACUGGAUGGGAUGUCCCUCUCCCCGCCGGGGGCUAGGCUUCCUCUCCACUACCUGGAGGCAGAGUUAGAAGACCCCUUUGCUUUCAACGAGGAGGAUGAUGACCUAAAGAAAGGAGCAACGGUGAGGAAAAAGUUGCAGAGCAAGUUGGCUCAAAACCGGCAGCGCCAGAGAGAGACAGAGAUUUUAAAAGUUCGCCAAGAGCACUUUAGCCCCCUUCCUGCACCUUUGCAGCAGCAGCCUCUGCAGCAGCAGCACUCCCAUCUGCCACCUUCAUCAGCUUCGUUAAAGCCGACAGGGCUACCGCAGGGCGUCGUCUGCAAGUCACCUCAACCUCCGAACACCAGCCUACCAAUGCAGGGAGUGGCACCCACCACACACACUAUAGCACAAGCCAGGCAGUUGUCUAACAAGAGACCUCUGCCUCUCCUGCCACCCGCUAGGGCUCCUGUCACGGACCCUCCAAGGACUGAUCGGGUCCUCAUGAAAGCCACAGCCUUCUCUCCGCACUCGUCCUGCAUGAGCCGGCUACAGAGACUGGUGAAACUGUGCACUCGAAAACAGCAGCUGGACACUGAUCUGUUUCCACAUUUAGGGCUGGAUUGGUCUGAAGAUAGUGGAGAAGAGUUGGAGGAUUCAGAGCAAACCUCCCCUUACCAGGUUGCAUGGUCUAUCCGAGAGACCCUCGGCUAUGAAAGACACGAGUCCGACGAUGACAAUGCAGAUGACAGGAGUUCCAGGGUGACCAGACUUUGCACUUACUUUCAGCAGAAAUACAAGCACCUCUGCCGCCUGGAGCGGGCAGAAUCUCGUCAGAAGAAAUGCCGGCACACACUCCGGAAAGCCUUGCUGCAGGCGGCCAGCAGAGAGCCGGAACGUGCUGGGCAACUGAUACAAGAGCUCCGAAGAGCUACGUGUGGUCAUACCAGCACAAGCCAAGCCAAGCCGAGAGAUGCAGAACCAACAACGUGUAGUGGGACUUCGAAGGGUGAACAGUGCACUAACAAGGCCCUUCCAUUCACCAGGCAUUGUUUUCAGCAUAUCUUAUUGAACCGUUCCCAGCAGCUCUUCUCAAGUUGCACAGCCAAGUUUGCAGAUGGUCAGCAGUGCUCUGUGCCAGUUUUUGACAUCACACAUCAGACACCUCUGUGCGAAGAACAUGCCAAAAAAAUGGACAAUUUCUUGAGAGGGGACAGUUCCCGUAAAGUUCAGCACCAGCAGCAGAGGAAACCCAGGAAAAAAACAAAGCCGCCUGCACUUACCAAAAAACACAAGAAGAAGAGAAGGCGAGGCCCGCGCCGGCCCCAGAAACCCAUUCCUCCUGCAGUGCCCCAAGGGAACCUCACCAUGCCUGCCAGUGUCUCACUGCCAGUAGAGAUGUCCCACAUACGGAGCCCCUCCACACCGGAGUUGAGUGCCGACGAGCUGCCUGAUGAUAUCGCCAAUGAAAUCACAGACAUUCCACAUGACUUGGAAUUGAAUCAGGAGGACUUCUCUGAUGUCCUGCCGCGGCUGCCUGACGACUUGCAGGACUUUGAUUUCUUUGAAGGUAAAAAUGGAGAUCUCCUUCCUACCACAGAAGAGGCUGAAGAACUGGAACGGGCCCUACAGGCUGUAACUUCUCUUGAGUGCCUGAGUACCAUUGGCGUACUUACACAGACAGAUGGUGUGCCAGUUCAGGAGCUGUCAGAUAGAGGGAUAGGGGUGUUCUCUACAGGUGCUGGAGCUCCAGGAAUGCAGUCCUUGAGUCGAGAGGUUAACACGGAUCUGGGGGAGCUGUUGAAUGGGCGUAUAGUACAUGAUAAUUUCUCCGGUCUGGAGCUGGAUGAGAACUUGCUCCGUUCUGCUACCUUGUCCAACCCACCUACGCCCCUGGCAGGGCAGAUCCAGGGGCAAUUCUCAGCCCCAGCCAACGUCGGCCUUACUUCUGCCACUCUGAUAAGCCAGAGUGGCCUUGGGGAGAGAGCCUUCCCAGGACAGUUUCAUGGACUUCAUGAUGGCAGCCAUGCCUCCCAGAGGCCCCACCCUGCCCAGCUGCUGAGCAAGGCAGAUGACCUGAUCACCUCACGACAGCAAUACAGCAGUGACCAUUCACACUCCUCACCCCAUGGAAGCCAUUACGAUAGUGAGCAUGUGCCGUCUCCCUACAGUGACCAUAUCACAUCCCCUCACACCACAUCCUUUUCUGGUGAUAACUUGGCAGCUACCUUCUCAGCAGAGAUGCCCAUGAUGGCACAGCACUUGCUCCCAACUCAGCUGGAUGUGCCACUUAGCGGGGUGGUCAACCCCAGAACUCACUGGGGAAAUCUUCCUGUCAAUCUUGGGGACCCCUCUCCGUUUAGCAACCUUCUCGGUGCAGAUGGACACCUCCUGUCCACCUCCCUGUCCACACCACCUACCACCUCGCACUCAGAGACCACACAGCCUGCCUUCGCCACUGUGACCCCCAACAGCUCCAGUGUGCUUCCGGGGUUACCGCAGACCAGUUUUAGUGGCAUGGGUCCUGCCUCCGCUGAACUCAUGGCCUCCACCUCCCCCAAACAGCAGCUCCCUCAGUUCAGCGCAGCCUUCGGGCACCAGCUGAGCUCCCACAGUGGCAUCCCCAAGGACCUGCAGCCCAGCCACAGCUCCAUAGCUCCUCCCACGGGCUUCGCAGUGACCGGUGCCACCGCUACCAGUACCAAUAACGCAUCCGCGCCCUUCACCACCUCCAACUGAGCUUGUCUGCCUGGCUCUGUGCAGGUAGAUGGGGGACCUGUGUUUUCUAUCUUUCCUUUUUUCCCUUUUUCUUUUUUUUUUCUGUCCUCCCCUCCCCCCCUUUUUUUUUAAGAGGGGGUUAAGAAGAAACCCCCUGCUUCAGUACUGACCAGGGUUAGCCCUCUGUGAACCUUGCUGUAGCGUUCACAUGUGCUUGUUAUGCACCGGUGCUCAUUUAUUGCAGGCAGGUUCACCGUUCCCCCAAAAUUCCUUAAGGAUACAGCACAGUUACUGGAUGUAAUUGAUCCUAGCAGUAAGACCUAGAAAUGGGAAGAUACCUCAGAUUACUGAUGCAUGUAACUGUUUCCUAGGGUUUGGAUCAGUGCUUGCCAUCCCAUUAGCAUCUGGUAGGAAGUUUUCUAGUGGGCAGAAGUCUCUUGAUUUUUUUUUUUUUUUUUUUUUUUUUUACUUUUUUCCAAAGGUAGCAUCUGGCAUGGAAAACUUGGCUGCAAACAUUGAUUUGAGAAUGGUGCAUUGAAGUCCUAAAUCAAGACCAUGGUUCAAAGAUGAAUUUUGACAGUUUCUUAAAAUAGUCUCUUGACCUCCUCUGUGUGCGUGUGUGUGUUUGGGGUGCAGGGAGCAGCAGUUCCUUUUCUUAUUUUGUUGAAGAAGUGGGAGUCGUCCCCUUCCAGAACUGGUCAUUGUUCUUACUGCAUGCCGAUUUUUAUUUUUGAUUAUGAUGAUUUUUAAUUCAUUGAGCAGCAAGGGGAUCAAUUGACUGGUUGCCCAGAAAUCUGAAGGCUGAUGCGAAGUUAGCCCAGGGAGAAAAGAAAGCAAAACAGAAGGACUGAAAUAAAUCAUGGUAUAGUGAAGAUUCCUGUGCAGAAAUUCCCUCCCUUGCUGAAUUACUGUGGCCUUGUAGCAUUGAUGAUUUGCCUUUUCAAAUGUGGCUUUGUCCAGAACUCCUUGCCUGACAGGCUGACAGGUAUUUCCCAGCUGAAACUGGAAGAAUUCUCUGGGUACUCUGCCAUCCACACAAGUCUAGGUCAGACCCUUUGGUAAGUUUAACAUGGAUGCAUUUCUCAAAUUAUGUCUAGCUACUGAGACUUUCUUGAAUAGCUUUUUUUUUUUUUCCCCUCCUCUGGGAGCCAUAGAAUUUUUGAGACACUUGUGGGAUUUGAUGCUCUGUAUGUGAAGCUGAAUGUUUGUAAGGAACUAGCAGGUACCUAUCAGCAGUCACGGCUAACCAAAAGAAAGAUUACUGAAGCAAAAUAGGGAGAUAAGAAUUCCUUCUGUCUGCAGGACUAUUUUGCUUUUACUGCCUACCUGCUAAAGGUCGUUCUCGGACUCUGGUAGUAAUUUCAGUUCUUAAAGAAAGGAAUCCACUACCUUUUAUAAAUUUUAUUUUUCUAUUCAAGCAGUAACAGCAGCAGAAACCCUGAGGUGUUUACUUGCAUCUCUCUAUCAGGAAGGGAGAAAAGGAAUUUGCUUGUGACUUUAUAGGGCUCAAACUAGCUACUGUACUCUAUGAUUUUGCCUGUAGAAGUACAGACUGUACUCCUAUUUAAUGAAUAUAACCAGUCUCUACUCUUCUUGGUUUGCUUCUAAGAUGCAGAUGAGAGAGAAUGGGGGAAAAAAACCCACAUUUCAGUCUCUUACUGUUGAAGACAGAUUUCAUUUUACCCUACAGUAAAAAGUCCUACCUGCAUGUAAUCUAGUCUAAUUCAGAAAAUUAAGAGAUACCAAGCACAUGUAAUAGGGAGGCCUAGUAACUUGUUUGAGCGAGGGAACAUUGCAUUAAGUUUAGUUGCUAUAGAAAUUCAUUUUGUUAGCAGUCAGGCCCACACCAAAAUCUCUGACCCAGACCUCUCCUUCCAUCUUGCUAAGGAACAGAAUUUAAGUGGGAUAGACCUUGCCUCUGGUCACUAUCACAGCAAUUAUACUAUCCCCUUUUCUUGAAAGAUGUGUCCUCCUUAAGUAUAAAGGAGUAUGGAUGAUGCAUAUGUCCUUUUCUGAAAUUGCAAGUGUAUGUGGGUGGAGGAGACAAAAAUGAUUUUCAUGCUUCUGUUGUUAUGAAGUCCUUAUUUCAUACUUGGUAAAAUAGAUCUUAAUAAUAUAAGCCGAAUAUUAAGUGGUGAUUUAAAUAUGUUUGUAACAUUUAAAUGUUUUUAAAUCAUGUAAAAAGUUGAAAUGAAGCCUAAGAAAUCCUGCUUGUGAUUGUCCUGCUGAUUUGAGGAAUGCCCAGUGGUAUUGUGAAAUGAGGCAAAUCUGACAAGGCAUUUAUUUAUUUUUGUAUUAUGUUCCCCAUGCUUUGUUGAGGAGACAAUUGUUUGAUUUGCAGAUGAUUUUCGUUGUGUCCAUAUACUUUCGUCAAUGUGUUUUGGAUGACUGGCUGAAAAAGAGUGGAGAACUAGUUUACCAAAUGGUUAAUUCUUUAAUCUGCUUGUGUAUUCAUGUCAUUUUAGAUUAUAUUAAUUUCUAUAAAUCGGUUUCAGGACUUUAGUCUUGAAAUGGUUCUUGCGCUCAUCAGACACUCUAGUGAAGCUGCAGCUAGCGCAGGGUAUGUUUGCCCCACAUCACGUUUCUCUUUCUUAGCAAACGGAGCGGGGAGGGAGAGAGGGGGGAAGCCGAGAGCCAAAUUCUGUUUGCUCCCAUCAGUAUAAGUUACAGAGGAGCUCUUUGGUCUAAGGUCACUGUGAAUUUAUACCAGUGUAACUCGGAGCAGAACCCAGCCCUAAUCUCAUCACUGAUUUAGUCAGGGAAUUUUGAAGACUAUUGAAGACAUGCAGUUCCUAAUUCCCAUGUGAAAUCAAUGGCCAUUCUGUACCUGCAUUCCUUUAAGGCAGCCCAAGAAAUCAGCUCUCUUCCUCCCACUUAGACUUCAAUUUUGUAUAUUUCUUGAUGACUUUUCCCUGAAAAGUGACUAGGUAACAUUUUUCAAUGAGCAAACUAAGUUUGCAAUAAAGCUGCACUUUUAAAAAUAAAUCUCCAUUUGUAUACAUGUGAACUAGGAGUCCCUCUGUCCUGUCUGGUACAGCGUUCUGCAAUGGGCGGCCACUCUCGCCUCUUCCAUCUCCCACGCUUUCACUGCCACUGAUUUCAUGGUCACAGCCUGCCAAGCAGUUACGGGUUUUGAACUUAGAUUUAACAAGGUGGGUCAUUCAGGUGGGCUUCUAUACCCACGCAAUCUGUUGACUUCACCGAAUCAAUGUCUUAAUGUUGGACGUGAGGGAUCCAGUUACGUGUAUGCAGCCAGAGAUGUUUCACACCUCUUCCUCUGGGAAAUGCUGCAGGUCUGCUUAAGGCAGUCCUUGAGGCUGCUACUUAUGGGGUCCCCUAAUAGAAGUCCUGCUCUCAUGGAAAGGUUUCUGCCUAUUAUCCCUUCAUACAGCAAUUGGCACUCUAAUUACCCCUUCACCUAAGAGUCAAUGUAGCAAUUGCAGUCCAUUGAUUUGAGAUGGUCAGUAUCUGCCGUGCCCCUUAUGUGUUAACAAAUGGAAUAAAGCUAGUUUAACCCAGAAGUUAAUUUCUUUUAUAUAAGAUUUGAGUUUUAAAUAAUUGAAAAACAUUAGACCUAGAAUAAAAUACCAGUAAUGUCAUUUUUAAUAAUAGCAGCACCUCCGUUAGUCUUUGUAUGAAAAUGUAAGUAUUGGCAGGAAUGACACUUAACGCAAGAUGAACUUUGGCAGUGUAUGGAGGAGGCCGGUCAGGGACAGCCUGGUGUAAAAGACAUUCUGUCAGACUUGCUUGGAUGCUUCCCUUCACUUAGGAAGACAUCGUUAUGCCAGCUUUGAGGGGAGCUGUAUGCGCUUAGAUACCUUGAAGCUGAUUUGCUCUUUGGCCUCGUAAUCACUGUGAUACAAGAAGAGGAGUCUGUGAUGCAAGAAGAUGGAAAAGAUGCAUCAUUUUGUCCCCUUCUGCCUUCCAGUUCCUCCAGACUUUUGCUUUGUUCCUUCUCAUUGAUAGUGUUGCUUAUUUGUAUGUUUAGGCAUAAAGGUUAGUGAAACAUUUACGUUGAUAAUGCUGAGAAGUAGCAUACUCUGCCUGAUGCUCUGGGGAGGAAGACUGUGCAACAGCUAGAUUUCCCAUUUAGUUCAGUAAGUUAGUGCAACGAGCAUAUAUAGUUCUCACUUGAAAAGCAUUGGAAAGCCCUAAGAAGCUCAUAACCUGUUAGGCAAAAUAUCGAAGGUGGCAUUGGGAGUACAAGUGCAAGCAAAAAAUGACUAAGAACAGCCAUCCAUAAUAGCAAAGGGAGGCCAAGGGAAGCUGCUUUUUUUUUUUUUUUUUUUUUUUUUUUUUUUUUGGGGUGUUUGCUUUUAGUAGCAGCUUUGAUACCAACUGCAUGAGUUUCUGUCUCUGGAUAACACCCUCAGUGUCACCCUAGUGUUGGAAAACUGGGAAUCUCUGUUCUGAGCUGCCAUGUACAGUCUGGUGCUGUUGGCUUUAGGGGCACUGCCCAGGUGGAGACCUAGGAUGCAACCCCCAAGCUGGUAUUAAAAUUUGGUUUGAAGCUUCAUUUUGUUGUAACCACAUCCACACGCAGUCUAGGGUUGAAUCUGCUUGCUGGGGAAGAAGGGUCUCACAAAGGCAUAAAAUAAACCCUGUGAAGGUGUCUUCGCUGAAAAGUUGGCCCUGGUGAUUAAUACAUGGGUUGUUAGUCUGCUCGUGAAAUUACCCACUCCUUCCUGCGGGACUGCAGCAUCGCGGGUGUUGCGUCUCCCAGGAGGCAUCAGUAGAGCUCCAGAAAUAUUUCACGCAGCCUUUGUGCUGCAGCAAGCUGAAGCAACAGCUGACUUCUCAAACAGCAUGAGUGCUUUGGGCAAGGGGGAGGGGAAAUUUUCUAGAAGAGGCAGCUACCUUGAAUCUUUUACGACUUGCGGAAAGCAGGGAUGAUGGCAGAAGGUGUUUUCAGCAGAAAAACAGUGAUUCUCUGCUGCGAGGCGUUUCUGUGGGUGUCUGGGCAGCUUUCCUUAUGGGAUGCUUCUGUUCGCUCCUGUGUUUUUACCAUUUCAUGUGAAAGAGUCUCUUGUGCAGGCCUGCUAUGAGGUCCUGUGGUGGUGGAAAUGUUAGCUAAAAUAAUAGGUUUGGGCUAAUGUGCUGAUCAGAUCUCUUCACAGGGUCUUUCUGUUCUCUUGGGUGACAUUUAAUCGUGGGCAAUUGAAAAGGGGUGCUGUGGGCUACUCCUCUUAGCUCCUGUGUUUCCUUCCUGUCUACAUUCUUCAUCACUCUUUUUUUUUAUUCUCCCAUUCUCAGAUACUUCUCCAGUGUAAGUAAUGCCAACCAGUAAGUCUUCUGUGGCUUGGUCCUGAGCGAAUCUGACUGUAGAACGAAAAGGAGGCGAGAUUGCUGCAAUUCAUAACAUACAUUUCGGAUGCUAGAGCGACAGUGCAAUAGAUCAAAGUGUUUCUCAGCUCAGUGAGUAAGAUGAUGUUUCACAGCACGCUGAUAUGUCGUGAACUAGCUGCUGAGGGUACAGCAUUGAUCAUGGGAGUGCACACGUUAGCAGUGACUGUCGCAGGCGUUUUUAGUGGGAAUUUACCUUCUUACAGGUUCCUCUUGUUUUGAGAAGUGCAUCAGCAGAAAAUCACCUAGAAAACUUCAAAGUAUUUCCCUUACUUAAAUUCUUCUUUAAAUACCUGCGUGAAGAAGCCCAACUAAAAGGGUGAUUGGUGGAAAGAUCUACACUUGUAUUUACAAAACUUAAACCUGGACUUUCAGAGAGGUCUGCUCAUGAGAGACCUUAACUCUAUCAGAUAAGGUUUUGAUUCGGUCUUUAAAAUUAGACAAAAACACUGUCACUGGGAGAGAAGAGUUUGUGAGAGAAGGAGGAACUGACAAAAGAAAAGCAAAUGUGUCUUGGAACCAUUUUCUCACUCCUGUCUUCAGCCAUUUAGACAAAAGUAGUGACUGGCUUUGGGGAGCUUUUCCCUUCGCUUGUCUCGUGGGUGCUGGGUUCAUUGCUUUCCCCUAUUUCACUCUGCUUUUGCAUUCUCAUUUUCUGGCUCUUGUGGAACAAGGCAAGAUAGUGGAAGCACGAAGGAAGAAAAUGGGCUUGGCUGCAGAUUGGCAACAGUAGUUGGAGAAGGCUUUCUUGUUCUGGCUCCUUGAAGUGUUGGUGUCAUGUUUAGUCUUCCCUGGCUCAUAGAAUUCAGUUGAGAAGUGAACAAGAUGAGAUCUAGGCUUUUGACUUUACAACUGUAUAUACUCAAUGUAGAAAAAUGAAUUCUUCAUACUCGUCCCCCUUGCUAGCCCCCCAAACACACGCGCAGUGAGACAGCAACAGAGUAUGCGUGUAUGAGCUGCAUACACGUGCUGGACUCGGUCCAGGAGUGCUAAUAUUUUACCCACUUUCUGUCUUCAUAAGCUGGUGCCCACUGAAGUGAGCUCUGGGUAGGUAAGGUUCUCAGAUGUCCUCUGGAAAACUCUAACUUUGGUGCAGAUUGCUCUGAUGUAGCUGACUGCUAUGCCAUUUGCUUCUACUUUGGAGUGGACUGAUUUACCCUGAAAUGACUCUCUAACCUGUGUCUUAAACAGCAUAGGUGGUUCCAGUGAAAAUAGAUUCAUUCUGAAGUGAUGGACAGUUGGAUUCUCAUGCAAAAUAUCUACAUCCUGCUAGAAGGGGUUGAACCAGUUUCUCUGAACAGUGAUUACCUUCACUGUACAGUUUUGGGUAUGUCUCAGGGAUUCCUUGUGGAAAUAAGGGCAGUUAACAAAAAAAAAAAAGUAAAUAGUUUUAAAAGUAAAUAAUAAUUUAAGGUAGAGCGUCAUCUAAGUGAGAGCGCAGGAAAGAGAAAUCUUUGUUCAGUUUUAUAGUCCACAGUGUCUGGCUUAGGGACUCUUUCUCUUCUCGGGGCUCUCAUCUCAAGUUCAACGUACAGAAUCUUUUUUCAUCACGCUCAGCUUUAAACUUUUAUUUAAAGAUACCCUUCCCCAAUGAGCUUUCAGAAUACUUAUUGUAGAUUUUAAGAGAAAUGGUAUAUUAAUUUAUGCUAUUAACAUCACCUCAUAAAUUAUAAGUUUUAUACUAAAGCUGUAUUGAGUGUAAUGAAUUAUGUUGCAUAUGUGUUUUUAAUAGCUAUAAAAUUAUAUACAAGCUUUUUUGGAAAAACAAACUAGUGAAGCACCUUUUUACACUGGAUCUUUGCCGUGUCAAGGUGUACAGCUAUUCUUUGCUACCUUGCAGAUAUCUAUAUCUAUAUCUAUAUAUAGAUAUAUAUAUAUAAAUAAAAUAAAAUGGUAUCCUGUAUCAACAAAGCAUAGAACUCUUUUUAACCCUUAUAUUGCUGUUCCUAUAACUCUUUUUAAUUUUAUUUUGAGUGUUACAUUCUGCAAUAAUUUAUCUGUGGUUUGUACCUAUGAUUAGAAAUUUAGUUACAGGGUAAAUAGAUCAAAUUAAAAAUCCAACUACUGUAGCUGGAAGUUGUGAACCAAGUUUGUAAGACCUUUUCUUUUUUAAAUGUAUUUAUUUCCAGUUAGCUCUGUGAGUUGGAAUUUGAAAAGUCAGAACAUUAGGAAUCUACAGUGUCUUAUUCAGGAAUCUUUCCCCUCCUUUCCUCACAAAGGAAUUCCCACUGUGACUUAUAAAUAGAAUUAGACUGCUUGUGUGCAUGUAUGUAUUAUAUAUACACACAAAAAAUAUGCAUUGGGGGGGAUGUAUGUGCGAUACGAAUGUGUAUAUUGUAUGUAGGUCAUAGUUUUGUAAAGAGAAAAGUAGUUGAGAGGUGAUGGAAUGUAUUGUAGAAAUGUGAUUAUUUAGUAGGGGGUUAUUAUGUCCUCACUGUUGUAUAAAUAACUCAAACUCUCUACUACAUAAUCUUCUGUUAUAAGGCUAACUCUGAUAUCAUGUCAAUUUUACUCUUUUUUUAAAAUGAGUUGCAAUGAGCCCUGUUUAAAAUGUCAUGAAAAUACCAAGCUCCCAAAGACAGCCUUUAAAAUAAAAUAAACGGGGGACCGGGGGAGAUGGGAGAAAUGAGUGUGUUUCUCAGGAGAAACGGAAAUGGGAAGGUCUGUAUUUGGUGGAAUGGUGAGACGUGGGAAUUACUGUAUCUCUGCAAAUUAAUACCUGAAUCUCCUAUGGUCUGAUUUAGAAAAUGUUGAUAAUCGGUUGUAUUUGUGUUUUCAAAUUAGGUUGUAAGGGGCGUUGUUUAUGAACUGAUCUCUAUUCUGUAAACGGAUCUUGUUUUCGGAGUAGAUUCUUUUCUUUCCCGAGGGUUUUUAUGUGUGUAUUAAUUCUGCCCCAAAAUUGCUGUUGUGGGAUUACAGAACAAUAUAUACUUUUGAUCCAGGGAGUUUCACUUGUGCUGUGAAAUUCUGAAUUGAAUUAUGGCCACUUAAUUUUUCUCAUAAUCGGAGAAUGAAGCUCUUUCUUUAUGGGAGUUCUCACUGGAAAUGGUGAGACAUUGGAAACAUUCUUACAGAUUCCCAUACUCUUCUUAUUAUUCAUCUGUUACAACAUCUAGGCUGGAGAAAAUAAAUCCUAAAUGUUAUAUAUUCAUACUGUUAUCACUUUUAAUCAUGAUGAUCCUGGUGACUUUAAGAUCUGUUUAGAAAAACAGAGCUUCCAGUGUUGCACAGAUAUUUUGAUUUUUUUGAAGGCUUUUUCUAAAGCAGUUGCAAAUCAAAUCUUUUCUUUAUUAUUUUUAUUUUUACAUCUCUCUCCCUCCCAGUCUGUUGAUACCCCCCCAGACAUACCCCCACACAAGUCCUCUCUUGCGCAUACGCAUACAAGUGAAAGGGCAGGGAGGUGGAAGUUGUCAGAGGCCUUUCCUUCUUGUUAUUUGGUGGUAAUGGGAGUUAUCAGUGUAAUUCUUUAUGCCUUUAUGGGGAAGAAUAGACCCGUUUUUGUGUAUACCUGUACAGAGAGAUAUAUCUGUAUAUGAGAUGUUGGUAGCACUUUGCUGAAUGUGGAAUUGCCCUCAUGAUGUACAAUAAAUACAUAUGAAUGCAAUCAAUCUAAAUCUAUAUAUACCUGCGUACAGAUGUAUAGAUGGAAUAUACGUACUAUCACACACAUGUACAUUAGCUGUAACAUGAGUAAGUGUGUGAGCUAAAGAGAAAGAAUAUCCACAAUAACUUAUGUGUAACAGGUAAGCACUUGUGCCAAACAAGGUUGUUUUAAUUCUUCUGAGGGAUUUGGAUGACGGCAGUGAUUGAUCUGAGCUUGGUCACCUUUGAUUUGUGUUACCUCAGCCCUCAAAGUGGAAUUUCCUUGGUACGUUUUUGCUUCUGUUUAUUCUAUAUUAAUACUCAUUGAGGCCUCUUGCAAUGCCGACCUCUUCUGCUUCGCUGCUCCAUUGCCUCCAUUCCAGCUCCUCCCGCCCCAGCGUCUCACAGGUUUAUCUUGCUGGCAGUAAUCGGCUUUAAUGGCCCAAUCCAGCUGCUCUUAUACACUACUAAAAUUCUCUUGGUGACUGUAGUGGCAGCUGAAUUGGGCCCUGAGCACUUGCUUGAACUUGCUCAAAAUUUCCCAGAUACUCGAUUGUGCUUGACUGCCACUGUGAUUGAUUUGGUAUGAAGGCAAACUUUUUUUUUAGAAAGUGAUGCAAAGCUUCCUAGCACGUUAAAAGGCCAACUCAGCCCCAUGUUUUGGAGGUAAAUAUCCAAAAUGAGAAGAGCAGGCUCCCUGGAAAAAUCUUCAGUUUUCAGCCCCAGGGAGAAACAGGGCGUUCGGUGAACGUGUUUCCCGUGAUGAAAGCAGCGAGCGGGAUGCACCGCAGGCUUGUGCUCUGCUCUGAGCAGCGGUGCUGCCAUCCGAAGCAUCAAGAGAAACCCCGCUCUUUCCAUGUGAGACUGAGACAGACAGUAAAAUGAGCUGUGAAUGAGAAUUGACUGUUGAGCAGAUUUUGAAAUGAGCUGCAGCGUUGACCAUUAACAUGCUAGUACUUUGCAUCCUACUGUGUGCUGGACGAUUUUGCUUACGCGAGUAGAUUGUGUUUUUGAGUCUUUCCUGUUUCCUGGCUAAAUGGGGCUUCCGUGUCCCUUUAGCAGAAAGCAGCUGUCAGAAACCUUCUCAGUCACACUUGAGCACUGUUGAAACUCCUGCUAACUUAUGCUUCAGUUUCAAUGGAGAAUGCUGCUCCAGUUCUGUCAUCGAGCCUCAUUGCCUUCCGCACUUUCAAUUUGGAUGCGGCGCUAUUUUUCUUGGCCACAAUUCAGCCAUGGGAUUUUGUCUUCCUUGCAUUUCUGUCAGAAAAAGGUAACCGACGUACUGUCCCGCCUGAGCUUUCAUGCAGUCGUCCACGAAGAGUUCUAUAAUACAUAUGUUUGGGCGUGUGUAUGGGUAUGUCUGUGUACUGUGUGCGUAUAAUACAUAUUUAUAUGCACACAUAUAUUACGCUAUUUCGGUUUGUGUAUGUGGAGAACAUGCCCAUUGACUCUCUCCUGAUAUAUACUCAUGCAUACGUAUAUUAAAUAUGUAUAUAGAGUGUAGAUGUCCUGCAUAUACAUGUGUAUAUGUUACAAACCUUGGUUGGCAAUUUUUUUACAUUUUACAAAUUGCUGUCCCUUUUGGAGUAUUUUCAUUGAAACUGCAUUAUAUAGAAGAAAUGGAGAAACAUGUUAUCAAAGUUUUAUUUUAAAAAGGAGACUCUUAAUUAUCUAAAACCAUCUGUAAUUAUCUUUUGACUUUUUGCUAGAAGGGUUGUUAUGAAAUGCAAGCAGACAACCCCUUACUCCCACUGCCUGCUAGAUGUUAGAUGGACGUAAGAAAGAAAGGGAAACACAAGUUUCUGAGUAUGUAUUUCCUCCAGGAUUUUCUGAGGCAUACUGCAAUCGCGGUCUGCCCCAUCCACCCCCCCCCCCCAUUGCCCAAUUACAAUUAAUGAUUCAUGGUUUCUUUUACGCAGCUUUCCCUCAUUCCUUUACCUUCGUAAAUCAUUGUUCACCUCCUACAUUUAACAGUACUGAUCUCACUGAGAAGAUUUCACGUUCUUCUGUCAUUUCAGGAAAAGUAUCAGUUCAUCACUAUUACCGUUUCACAUUUUAACAUACUUUGUAGAGGAUGGAUUUUUUCAUGAAGCUGUCUGUAACGAGUCUUCAACUUAGCGUGAGAAGCCUUCACUGGAAUCUAUUGUUUGUUUCCAAAGAGUUUCUGCAACUUUUUUUCCCACCAUCAGAUUAAGUAAUUCCCUUCUGAUUUGGUGCCUGGGGGUUUUGGGGUUGGGUGUUUGGGGGUUUUGUUCUUGUUUUUCUUUUUCAGUCCCCCACCAGGGUGUUUAUCUGCAACUGGAGCAAAACAGAUGCCACAAGCCCAACCGAUAUCCUUUGUGCAAUUAGCAGUAAAUACCUUUAUCCUAGAUUUAAUAAAAGAGAAGAUGGCAAAUGGACAAUCUGAAGCGCUUAGAGGGAGCGGUCGCUUUUUUAAGGCUGUCUCAGAGAAGUUUGUGUUUGGUGUCAUUUUAAAGGUAGCUUGAUCGCGCUUUGAUAUCAGAAACAGCCUUGUAACAAAGAGCCUCGUACAGUUGUUUGGCCACUAGAGUUUCAAAUGUGAACAAGUUGCAGUGGGAAAGCAAAGGUGAGGCAGUGUAUUUUGAACCAGUGAAUCGUAGCUUGCAAGCAUAACUGAUUUUGAAGUAACUGCAUGGUAGCAAGGAUUAGCAGUCUCUUACACCCCGUCCUUGUUCCCUUUCAUCCCUGACACACGUGUUCAACAAACCAUACAUUGGGAAAAAUAAGCAACUUUACGACAGCAAAGCUAAAUCCACUUAGCGACUGCUUAAAGGGAACAUACAAACUUGCCCUGCCGCAUCCCGUCUGGUGCCGUUAGCUGCAACACUAGCUCGUAGGCCCCAAAAGCCCGGUGCAGUUUGCUCCUGCGGAGGUGCCGCUUGCGGAGGAGGCGGCGCGUGGGGAUGCCCGGCAAGACGGGCGGCGGGUGCGCGGGCCCCGGCGGCGGCGGCGGCGGCUCAGCUCGCGGCCUGGGGCGGGAGCGCUUCCCGACAGCAUUCCAGGGGCGGGCAGCAAAGCUCGCCGUUGUGCUUUCCCUUUAAAUAGGAAAAGUUGGCUCACAUGUUCCUCAUACUUCUCAAUGAAUGUACUGUAUUACCAUUUAAAAAAAAAAUCAAUGAGAUGAUGAUAGAUUGGUCUCCUUUUGUUAUCUGGUCCUUGUUUAAUUUGUUUAAGGGUUUUUGUAUACAAAAGUUUACAUUUUUAUGUAUAUUUUUCUUGUGUAAAAACUGAUGUAAUAUGUGUAUAAAACACUGUAUGUAUUAUCUGUAUAUAGUGUGACAAAAUGAUUUUCUUUCUUUCUUUUGGAUGUAUUAAUAAAUCUUGCUGUGAAGUA